AUGACAGAAUACAUUUUUAAAGAAUCAUUGAUUUCAGAUGAUAUUCAAAGAGAAUUACCACAAGGUUAUAAGUUAAGACCUCUCGCAAAAGAUGAUUUUAAAAAAGGGGUUAUUCAAUGCUUGGAACAACUUUCGGUUACUGGUGAAGUAAAUGAAGAAAAUUUUAUUGAACGAUUCGAAAGAAUGAAAACCGUAGGAGGAUAUUAUAUAAUUGUUAUUGAAAGUGAUGAAAAAAAAGUUGUGGCAAUUGGAACUUUAUUUGUUGAGAUGAAAUUCAUACGAGGUUGUGGAAAAGCUGGUCAUAUCGAGGAUAUUGUCGUACAUGAUUCUCAAAGAGGAAAGAAUUUUGGAAAAAGGAUCAUCGAGCAACUUAAAGAUAUUGGUAAAAAAGUUGAAUGUUACAAGAUUAUCCUGGACUGUAACGAAAAGAAUGUUCCUUUCUAUAGGAAAUGUGGUUUAGAAACUAAGGAUUUGCAAAUGACAUAUUAUUAUGAUAAGGAAACGAAAAAUCAGAAUUGA